CUUCCCUUUCUCUGAGUUAGCGGUGGUCUGGUCUAGGAGGAACAUGGCGGCGUCCGUGAGAGGCUAGUUUUGGGUGAAAGUAGUGCUUGGUGUUAAUUGUCUUGCGUGAUACUGACCAACUGAAGCUUUCCCAGGCCAUCUAACUUAAGGAAGCGUGUAAUGAAAAAAGAACAGCUUUAGGAACCAGCCGUCCGCUCGCAUCCCCAGUAAAGAACAGAGCCCUGAGCACUGACCAGCAUGAGCAACAUCUACAUCCAGGAGCCUCCCACGAACGGGAAGGUCUUAUUGAAAACUACAGCCGGAGAUAUUGACAUAGAGUUGUGGUCCAAAGAAGCUCCUAAAGCUUGCAGAAAUUUUAUUCAGCUUUGUUUGGAAGCUUAUUAUGACAACACCAUUUUUCAUAGAGUUGUACCUGGUUUUAUAGUUCAAGGAGGAGAUCCUACUGGCACAGGGACUGGUGGAGAGUCUAUCUAUGGAGCCCCAUUCAAGGAUGAAUUUCACUCUCGGUUGCGUUUUAAUAGGAGAGGACUGGUUGCCAUGGCAAAUGCUGGUCCUCAUGAUAAUGGCAGUCAAUUUUUCUUUACUUUGGGUCGAGCAGAUGAACUUAAUAAUAAACACACCAUCUUUGGAAAGGUUACAGGGGAUACAGUGUAUAACAUGUUGCGACUGACAGAAGUAGAUAUUGAUGAUGAUGAAAGACCACGGAACCCACACAAAAUAAAAAGUUCUGAGGUUUUGUUUAAUCCAUUUGAUGACAUCAUUCCAAGGGAAAUUAAAAAGCCAAAAAAAGAGAAACCAGAGGAGGAAGUAAAGAAACUGAAACCUAAAGGCACAAAAAAUUUUAGUUUACUUUCAUUUGGAGAAGAAGCUGAGGAAGAAGAGGAAGAAGUAAAUCGAGUCAGUCAGAGCAUGAAGGGAAAAAGCAAAAGCAGUCAUGACUUGCUUAAGGAUGAUCCACACCUCAGUUCUGUUCCGGCUGUUGAAAGUGAAAAAGCUGAUGCAGCAGAUUUAGAUGAUGAUGCAGAAGAUGAAAGUGCAGAGGAUGAUGAGGAUAUUGAUGGUGGUGAAAAGAACCAGAUGAGAGAAAGAAUUGCAAAAAAGUUAAAGAAGGACACAGGUACAAAUGUUAAGUCAGCCGGAGAAGGAGAAGUGGAAAAGAAAUUGAUUAGCCGCAGUGAAGAGCUCAGGAAAGAAGCAAGACAAUUAAAGCGGGAACUCUUGGCAGCAAAACAAAAAAAAGUAGAAAACACAGCAAAAGCAGAAAAGAGAAGUGAAGAAAACAUGGCAGGAGGGAGUGGUCAAGGCUGAAAAGAGCAAGAAAAUGAAGAGGAAGAGGUGGAAGAGGAAGAUGAAGAAGAUAAUGAUGAUGAAUAUAUUGGUUCUAUCACAGAUUUUUUUUCUUGUCUAUAAAGCAUUUAACCCCCCUGUACACAACUUACUCCUAUUAAAGAAAAAAGUUGAAGCAUAAGGUUGGGUAAGACUUGUUUUUAGGGGUCGGCAUUGUGGCAUAGCAGGUUAAGCCACUGCCUGCAAUGCCAACAUCCCAUAUGAGUAUCUCAUAUCAAGUCCCAGCUGCUCCACUUCUGAUCUAGCGUCCUGCUGAUGGGCCUGGGAAGGUGGCAGAAAAUGGCCCAAGGCCUUGGGCCCCUGCACCCAUGUGGGAGACCCAUAUGAAGCUCCUGGCUUCUGCCUUCCACCUGACCUAGCCUGGGCCUCUGUGGCCAUUUGAGGAGUGAACUAGCGAAUGGAAGAUCUCUCUCUAUCUCCCUCUCUCUUUUCUCUCUUUCUGUGACUCUGCACAUAAAAUAAAAUAAAAUCUUUUUUAAUAAGUUUUUUUUUUUUGGGACAGGCAGAGUGGAUAGUGAGAGAGACAGAGAGAAAGGUCUUCUUUUUUUUUUUUUUUUGCCGUUGGUUCACCCUCCAAUGGCCGCCACGGCCAGCGCACUGCACUGAUCCAAUGGCAGGAGCCAGGUACUUAUCCUGGUCUCCCAUGGGGUGCAGGGCCCAAGCACUUGGCCCAUCCUCCACUGCACUCCUGGGCCACAGCAGAGAGCUGGCCUGGAAGAGGGGCAACUGGGAAAGAAUCCGGCGCCCCGACCAGGGCUAGAACCCGGUGUGCCGGCGCCGCUAGGUGGAGGAUUAGCCUAUUGAGCCGCGGCGCCAGCCAAAGAUUUGUUUUUAUACUGUACAAUGUCUUUUUUGUGUAACUAGUGCCAUACUGAAUGUGGCUUUAGAUAGCCAUGUUGGUGUUUUCGAUAGCCACUAACCUUGCCUGAUACAGUAUGGGGGCUAUAAAUUGGCAUGAAAUUUAAAGCAAGUGCACAACACAAAUCAGUUAUAUAUGAGGACAGUAAUUUUUUCAUCUUCAGUUGUCUCUGAUGCAGCUUAUAUGAAAUAAUUAUUGCUCUGUGAACUGAAUUUUGUAAUUCCUUCUGAAAAAGUUAUAUUUGUGUUGUUCAUAUUCUGAAGGCUUCUUUUUUAAAGAUUUAUUUAUUUUAGCUGAAAGGCAGUUACACAGAGAGAGAAGGAGAGGCAGAGAGAGAGGUCUUCUAUCCAUUGGUUCACUCCCCAAUUGGCCGCAAUGGUCAGAGCUGCGCCAAACCAAAGCCAGGAGCCAGGAGCUUCCUCCAGGUCUCCCAUGCAGGUGCAGGGCCCAAGCCCUUGGGCCAUCUUCUACUGCUUUCCCAGGCCAUAGCAGAGAGUUGGAUUGGAAGUGGAGCAGCCAGGACUGGAACCAGCCUCCGUAUGGGAAUGCCAGCACUGCAGGUGGCGGCUUUACUCUCUAAGCCUCUGUGCUGGCCCCUUGAAUGCCCCUAAGUACAAAUUUUUUUUUUGGUAAAAAACAAAUAAACAAACAAUGUAUGUAGCAUAUAUCUUUUUCAUCCUUUCACUGUCUUUUUUUUUUUUUUUUUUUGAGUUAGAGAUUUCGCAUCCAAUGGUUCAAUUCUUAAAUGCCUGCAAAAGAUAGAGCUGGGCUAGGCCAAAUCCAGAAUCUGGAAACUCAGUCCAAGUCUUCCACAAGGGUGGCAGGACCCCAACGAUGUGAACCAUCACCUGCUGCCUCCCAGAGCGCACAUUAGCAGGAAUCUGGAAUAGAGACUGGAGCCAAGACUCAAACCCAGCUGCUCUAGGUGUCCCAGGCUAGGGCUAACCACUUUACCAAAUACUCACCCCCUUCACUAUCUUAGUAGACUUUUCUGAUAAGCAUUCUUCUUGCCUGGUGAUUGGUGUAACUCCUAUAUAGGAAAUGUGACAAGAGCCUUUAGCUAUAUUUUUAGUAACUGCACUUUGUCCUUCUUUUGCUAUUAUCUGUGUCAUUCUUGACUAAAAAUAGGCUAAUUGAUACUGAUAAGUAUUAGUCUUUUGUUUUAAAAAUUUGUUUGCUUUGUUUGAAAGGGAGAGCAACAGAGAAAAGGGGAGAGAAAGAGACAGAGAUCGUCAGUUCUUUGGUUCACCCCCAAACAGCCACAACAGCAAAAUCUUGGCCAGGCCAAACCAGGAGCCAGGAAUUCCAACCUGAUCUCCCACAUGGGUGGCAGGGACCCAACCACUUGGACCAUCUUCCACUAGCUUCCCAAACACAUUAACGGAAAGCUGGACUGGAAGCAGAGAAGCCAGGACUGAAAUUGGCA